AUGGCUCUAUCUUUUGAUAAUCUUAUACAACAAUUAUUUUAUCGAUGGGGUUUCAUUGCUUAUCGCUCUCGAUUUGCUUUAUUUAUUGGGCCAAUCAUGCUGACAAUAGCUCUUGGCUUUGGAUUAUUGUUUAUCAAAAAACAGACGACAAUCGAUCCGGAAUAUGUGUUCUCACCGAAAAAUGCACAAUGGCGAUAUGAGAAAAAAAUUUUAAGUGAGCAUUGGCCUUUAAAUGAGCAAGAAUUCUGGCCUGGGAAAAGUUAUGACUAUACAGGAUAUGUUGACAUUAUUGUUGCUGGAAUAAAACAUCCCAAAUUUGGACGACCAAAUAUGUUAGUGAUGAAAUAUUUGGAUGAGUUAGAACGAAUCAAUCAGUAUAUUAUUCAUAAUAUUACAAUAUCAGUAACACAUAAUAGUAUGACAUAUGAAAUUGGUUUUACCGAUUUAUGUAUGUCAUAUGAUUGGAAAUGUUUUAUGAAUGAGCAUGUGACAAUGCUUAUGCCUAAAGAACGUUGGGGAAAUUUUGAUCCAAAAUUAGCUGAAUUCACUGAUGAUAUUAUCACUAAUGAGGUUAAAAUAACUUAUCCAAUUGGUUGGCGUGGAACUGAACCAAUUUAUUUUGGUGCAUUGAUAAGCGUACCGCAUAUUAUCGAUGAAGAAGGUCAUUUCAAUUACGUCCGAGCUGUUCGACUAACCUAUAACGUUCGUGAUGAAAAAGUUGGUAAUAUCAGUUAUUUGUGGCGUAAAAAGGUUACCGAUUUCUUAUCUAACGUCAAGAAGCCAGCAUCCGACAUUCUGGAAUUCGGUAUGUUUCAUAAUGAAAGCUUAUCGGAAGGUUUACAAGAAGUUGCCGAUUCAUUAUUGCCAAAAUUUGCAAUAACUUGCUUUGUUCUAUUUUCACUUUGCGCAUUAAGCGCAAUUGUUUUGCACAGACAUGAUGAUGGCUUUGUUGCAAUCGACUGGGUGCGUAGUAAACCAGCAAUUGCACUAGCUGGUUUAUUUUGUCCUUUACUUGCAAUUGCUAGCGCAUUUGGUUUAAUUUUAUGGAUGGGUUUUUUAUAUAACUCUGUUGUCAACGUGUCACCAUUUAUUGUGUUUUGUAUUGGUGUGGAUGAUAUGUUCAUAAUGAGCGCUGCUUGGCAUCGAACUAAUAUUGAGCAAGAUGUUUCAUAUCGCUUAUCCGAAACACUUGCCGAAGCAGCAGUUGCAAUAUCAAUAACAACAAUUACUGAUAUGUUAACCUUCGGUAUUGGUUGUAUGACAACACUACCAAGUGUACAAAUGUUUUGUUUCUACACAUUUAUGGGUAUAACAUUCACCUAUUUUUAUCAGUUGACCUUUUUCACCGCUGUUAUGGCAUAUAGUGGUAAACGAGAAGGUGAAGGAUUGCAUGCGAUAACAUUAAAACCAAUUAUCAAUCAAGAAUUAGCCGAUAGUUUAUUUAAAAAAUUAUUCCUAACGGGUAGUAAUAUAUCAUUGAAAUCAACAAUUUCAACAACUAAUACUUCUUCAAUGAUAUCAUCAAAAAUUGUGAUAAAAAAAGAUGAAAAAAUGAUGAAAGAUAUGAAAAUAACGUUAAAUCAAGGAAUGCUUGAUAAAUUUAUGAAUUUUAAACAAAGCCUAAAUAAGGAAUUACCGAAAUCGAAACAUCGUGAAACAAUAAUUUCAAAAAUAUUUCGCGAAUAUUAUGGUCCAUUCUUGCUUGAUCGUUUUACCAAAAAAGUUUUCAUUUUCCUUUACAUCAUCUAUAUCUUACUAGCAAUAUUGGGUUGCACAAUGUUGAAAGAAGGUCUCAAUCCAAAAUUUCUUGUUUUGGAUUCAUUUUAUCUCAGCAAAUUUUAUAUAUUAAUGGAUGAAUCAUUUUGGGAAGAAGGCUUACAGAUGCAGGUUGUCGUAAAUUCACCACCUGAUCUGUUUAAUCCCAUAGAGAGAAAAAAGUUCCAAAAUAUGCUCAAUGAUUUCGAAAAUACAGAAUAUACUAUGCGACAUAAUGCAACAAUGAUAUGGCUUGAUGCUUAUGAAAGAAAGCUUAAAGAGGAUCAUGAUUUCUCAAAGAUUCCAUUACCGGAAACAAGUGAAGAAUGGUAUAAACGAUGUCGAGAAUGGUUAAUAACUGCUGGUGGACGACGUUUGUGGGAAAAGGAUAUGGUUUGGGGUAAAAAUGAAAGUGAUCUUAAUUCCUAUUAUCAUCUCUUUGCUUUUCGUUUUCAACUUGGACUACGAAAUUACAAAACACCAACCGAUCAUAUGCGAAGUGCAAUAUUGAUGCGAGAAAUUUCUGCCAAAUAUGCAACAUUCAAUAUUACUACCUUUCAUGAGUACUAUCCAUUCGCAGAUCAGUAUAUUGAACUGAAACCGGCAUUAAUCAGGAAUUGUCUGCUAGCAAUGGCAUCUAUGCUUGUUGUAUCAUUUAUCAUGAUACCAAGUUGGAUUGCUGCAUUUAUUAUUGCAUUCGCAAUCUUCAGCAUUGAUAUUGGUGUAAUUGGUUUCAUGACAUUUUGGGGUGUACGUCUAGAAAGCGUGUCGAUAAUAACAGUUAUUAUGAGCAUUGGUUUUGCCGUCGAUUUAUCGGCACAUAUCGGUUAUGCAUAUGUGAAAUCGAAUGGAGAUCAGCAUACCAAAGCAAUUAGUGCAUUGGAAACCAUUGGAUGGCCUGUUUUUAUGGGAGCUUUAUCAACAGUACUUGGUAUUAUGGUACUUGCAACAGUUCAAGCAUAUAUUGUACAAAUCUUUUUCAAAACGGUAUUUCUCGUUAUUAUUUUUAGUAUGAUACAUGGCUUAAUAUUAUUACCAAUAUUCCUAGCAAUUAUUGUUAAAUAA